CACGGAGCACGUUGUGGACAGUCGUGUUUACCUGCCGAAUUAUACCCCGAGUCGGCAUUCAUUUAGUGACUCUUAACAGUUAUUAUUGCAUUAUGACUACAUUACGUUAUAUACAACCGAAAGAACCUGAUAAUGCAAAUAGUUGGUAGGGUUGUUUUUCCCCCCAGCUCAGCUAUUUCAAGUAAAUGCACAAUUGACGCCCUUUCGCGAUCCUUUUCGCUUCAGUAUAAGCAGCUUUGAUUUUUGUGAAAGUCAAAAUGACAUCCUCGUUUGUUGUUCCUGUUAUUGAUGUUCAGAAUAGCAACUUCAAAGAACUUUGGCCUGCUAUGGUAGUGGCUAUUAAAACAUCUUCCUUCGUUGCUGUUGAUACGGAGCUGAGUGGGCUUGGAAAUAGAACAUCAUUGCUUGCAGAAUCUAUAGAAGACAGGUAUAAAUCGAUUUGUCAUGCAGCACGCUCCCGCUCCAUCCUCUCCUUGGGAAUUGCCUGCUACAAGAUGCUCAGCAAUGAGGCUGCAGACACAUACCUGGUCCAGGUAUAUAACCUCACCUUACUGUGUUCAGAGGAGUACAUCAUAGAGCCCCAGUCAGUCCAGUUCCUCGUACAACACGGAUUUGACUUCAACAAGCAGUAUGCAGGGGGGAUCCCCUAUCACAAGGGUAAUGAUAAGGGAGGAUCAGACAACCAGGGUGUUCAUAUCCGGGCUUUAUUUACUGAGCUGCUACGUGCAAGAAAACCUCUGGUGCUCCACAAUGGCCUCAUUGAUAUUGCUUUUCUCUAUCAGAAUUUCUAUGCGCAUCUACCAGAUCGUUUAGCCACCUUUACAGCCGAUCUCUCCGAGAUGUUUCCUGCAGGCAUCUUUGACACUAAAUAUGUCACAGAAUUCGAUCUUCGCUUCAGUGCCUCAUACCUGGAGUACGCCUAUAAGAAAUGUAAGUUGGAUAACAGUCGAAAUGAGGCCUCUGUUGAGACUGGUCGUCAUGUCUACCUGGAGUUCUGUCAGUAUGCCGGCGCCAUGUCCCGCUAUGUGGACCACAGAAUCUGUCCAGCUGGAGCUCCGAACUCAGUCAACACUGAGAUUUGCCAGUCCUUCUCGGCAUUUGGUUGGUGUUCAAAAGGCACCAAGUGUCGUUUGUCCCACGACACUGACCUUAUCAUUUUCCAAGAUGAUAAAUCAAAGGAUGACAAAAGGAAAAAGAGGAAACGUCAAAAGAAGAAAAAGAAAGAAGAGAUAGUGGAUGAUGACUCCAAUUUGGACGGUGCCCCCCAAAACAAAAUGCCCUAUUUGGAAUUGAAUCCAGAGGAGGGUCAUCAAGAUGUGACAGCAGGGUUUCUGGAAAUUACAAAUUUGAUGGACAGUAAUACCCAUGAAGGUGAAAAUGUGAAAACAAAUAGCGAGGGGAAUGAAUUAGGUGAGCACAACACAGAGUCCACAAACACUGAAGUGACCGGAAAAAGUGAAAACAAGGCAGAGUCGGGCACCCACCGAGCCGGGUUCGAUGCCUUCAUGACAGGAUACAUAUUUGCCUACUCGUGCACACUGGUGAAAAAGGAAGAAGUGAAUGCAAGCGGAGAGGAGCAGAUAUGGCCUCCAACCUCCUUCAAUAAGGUCUACCUCAGUGGCAAGUCAACGCCGCUCAACAUAGUAAAGAGCACCUUCUCCAAGUCAUCCAAGGCCCACAUGCAGAAGAUGGAAAUGGUUUGGGGAAAAAAGAAAUAGAGGAUGGAGGAUAAAAGACUAAUCUAUCAAGUGACUUUGGAAAUAAAAAAAAA